AUGAAAUUAUUAUUGUUUGUGUUAUUCGUAUAUACAUAUGCGACAAGUGCACAAUAUAGAUAAGCUAUGGAAGAUGUAUAUAUUAAACUAUUCAAUAGCUUAAUGAUGAUAACUUUGGUUAAACACUUUUAGAAACAAUUUAAAUGCAUAUCUAAUCUGAUGAACCUGUAGGUAAUUUAGUCAACAUGUUAUAAAAUCUACAAUCAUAAGUAGAAAAAGUGUAAACUAAAUCUGAAGAAUAACACAAGAGAAUUUCUACUAAUUGCUACAUCAACUUAGGUUAAUUGAAUGAUCAAAUCGAUAAUUAUAAAAUUAAAUCUGUGACUUUAAAAUCAUAUAUUGAAACUCUUAAUCCUAAUGUCAAAUAGAGUGUUGCAAUGGUUGAAAGAAAAUAAAAAGAAAUAGUAUUUUUACAUAUAAUAAAGAUAGGAUGACUAUAAAUAAGAAUUGAAAUAAGCAGCACAAAAAAGAGAAAAGGAACAUGAAACCUAUAAUAAUAUUUUAGAUAACCUUGAGUAAGCCUUAUUUGGUUUCCAUCAAAUAAAAUAAGCAUUUAAUCAAUUUAUUGAUUCUGUAUAAAAAGGAUAACGUAAAUUUGAGUCAUUUGUUGAAAUGAAGUAAAUUUUAAAGUAAGUUAAACACACUUACAAACUUGAAGGAUAUAAACAUUUUGUGUAAUUACUUUAGUCUCUAUCAAAAUAAACAAGUGAAGAAGUAUUAUAUUUCAUAUAUAUUAGGAAGCAUUAAAAUUAGCUAUUCAAUUAAGUACAAUUCUCAAAUAAAUUGAAUCAUACAUUUAAACUGAAAGAACAAGAGAAGAUCAAGCAGAUUUAUCAAGAGAAACAGCUUAUAAUGAUUAUAAAGCUCAAAUAGCUGAUUUGUUGAAUGAAGCUUCAAAAUCUCUUACUGAAAUGACAGGUAUUAUUUAUGAAUAAAUGAGGAAUUUUGGAUAGUUAGUCAAAUGAAUUGAAAUAGAGUGAAAAUGAAAAGAAGGAAGUUGAUGUUAGAUUACAAAAUAAAAUGAAAGAAUUUGACAAUAUUCAAGCAGAAUGUUCAAUUCUAGAUUAAGAAUAUUAGUAAUCAACUAAAUAAAGAAAUUAAUAAACUAAAUUACUUGAUUAAGCAAUAUUAUUAACAACAACUUCACUAGGAUAAUUGAAAAAUGAUUUAUUAAAGCAUGCUGAAGUUUAUUGA